AUGGCGAGCUUGACAAGGAGAAUCCAAAAGGAAACUGAGCGUUUGACGAAUGACCCAGUCAUCGGCAUUUCAGCCCAUGCAGACCCUGCUAACCCAAGAUAUUUUCACAUCCAGAUAGCGGGCCCUGUUUCUUCUCCUUAUGAAGGAGGACUUUUUGAGCUCGAACUUUUCUUACCUGAUGACUAUCCUAUGUGUCCUCCAAAGGUCCGCUUUCUAACUAAAAUUUAUCACCCAAAUGUGGAUAGGCUUGGAAGAAUCUGUUUGGAUGUUCUAAAGGACAAAUGGUCUCCAGCUCUUCAAAUUAGGUCAGUCUUAUUAAGCAUUCAAGCGCUUAUGAGUUGUCCUAAUCCUGAUGAUCCUUUAGAUCCUCAAAUAGCAAGACAUUGGAAAGAAGACGAAACUGGUGCGAUCAGAAUGGCUACAGAGUGGUGUAGACAGUAUGCCCGUGGAUAA